GAGCUGGGGCCGCCGCGGGGGCCGACGGGAGGGUCGCUCGCUGGGUGGCCGCGGAGAGCUACGGCGGGUUCAGGCUGGGCGAUGUGGCGCAGCGCGUGGCUGGGCCCACCGCGGUCGGGUCGAAGAAAAGCCACCUCCUCCCCGACGGCUCGGGGCUGUUCGUGACUUUCCUCGGGCCCGACGACGAGUGGUUCUUUGACGGGAUCGUGGCGGCCGACGCGCGGGCCCUCCACGUGCGGCGGAACAGGCUCGGGCGCCGGGAGCGGACCUGGGGCGGCAUGUGCGCCGCGGUCACGAGGGGGGACUUCGGCAAGGAUUGGGCUCUCCCUGGAGUCUGCGCGCCGAACGCGUGGGGCGUCGCCGAGCAUCUUCAUUUGACUGGGGCGGUGAAGGCGGCGUUCCUUGUCGACCAGCUCGACGGGGUCAACUUGGUCUCAAUCGAGAUGCAUCUGCGACGCAUGCAGACGAUCGAGUUUGCGCACCUCGAGCGCGAGUCCAAGGGCUACAGCGGCCGGCUCAGCCUCGAGGGGCAGCAGGCGUAUGCAGGGCUCAGCCACGGGUCAGGGCAGGGGCUGAUAGCGAGCGGCCUGCGCUUGAUCGAGGUCGGCCGGCAUUGCUUUGAGGGG